AUGGACUUCUUAAAGUCAGCCAUGGCUUCGGCCAUGGCUUCGGGCCCCCCCUUUCCCUACUCGUUCGGCGAUCGCGUCGACGUCGACAACUCUGUCUGGGCUCUACACAACGGCACCAAGAAGGACGACGGCUCAAACUGCAGCAUCUUCUCCUUCGACAUCAGUCCGAACCGCUCUCGUCUGCCCCUGGCCAAGAAUGCCCUCAGGAAGAUGCGCACCUUGCGCCAUCCUGGUGUCAUCAAGGUGCUGGACACUGUCGAGACCGAAUCGUACAUAUAUAUUGCUACCGAGCGCGUCGUCCCUCUGCGCUGGCACGUCCGCCGUAAGAGCUUGAGUCAGGAGACGAUAAAAUGGGGCCUCCACGGGAUUGCCGUACGCGAUACCCGAACAUGGUCACCCUAUUGCCCGGUACGGACUAUAAGUUUCAUCAACGGCGACGCCUCUUCGAUACACGGUAGCCUCAGGGUGAGCUCAGUCUACACCUCUGAGAGCGGCGAAUGGAAACUCGGCGGCUUUGAGGUCUUGAGCAGCGUCAAGGACGACGAGUCUGCCAUCUACACAUAUGGGAGCCUCGUCCCCGACUCGGCCCGUUACUCCCCGCCCGAAGUUGCACAGAACGGCUGGGAUUCCAUCAAGAAGAACCCCAUACACGCGGUCGACGCAUACAACUACGCCAUUCUGAUAUAUGAGGCUUUCAAUGGCGAGUUUGCCGGCAACACGGGGCAGCCGGCCCAGACCAAGGGCAUCCCGCCCACCAUGCACGCCGGCUACCGGCGUCUGUGCAACGCCAACCCCAAGGCACGCAUCAGUGUUAGCAACUUCCUCGAGCAAGGGAUCCGGCACAAAUCCUUCUUCGACAGCCCUCUGAUCAAGUUGACCGAGGGGAUCGACAGUCUCGGUGUGAAAACGCCCGAGGAGAGGGAGCAGUUUCUCGUAGAUCUCGGCCAGAUCACCAAAGACUUUCCUGAGGAGUUCCUGACGAUGAAGGUCCUUCCGGAACUCAUGAAGUCUGUCGAGUUUGGCGAUGGUGGCCCCAAUGCCCUAAAGAUUGCCUUGAAGACCUCGGCAAAGCUUUCUGGAGACGACUACGAUACACGCAUGGUACCCUUCAUCGUUCGCCUGUUUUCGAACCCAGACAGGGCUAUCCGCGCCUGCCUGCUAGAUGACCUGAAUGUCAUGAUUGACCGUCUGCCCCAAAAAGUGGUCAAUGACAAGAUCUUUCCGCAAAUGGUCGCUGGGUUUACUGAUGCCGCACCUCUUGUUCGUGAGCUGACGGUGAAGUCGGUACUCGUCAUCAUCACCAAACUGUCUGACCGCACCAUCAAUGGCGACCUCCUCAGACAGCUGGCGAAGACGGCCAACGAUGAGCAGCCCGGAAUCCGCACCAACACUACCAUCUGUCUGGGAAAGAUUGCCAAGAACCUCGGAGACUCAUCGCGGUCCAAGGUGUUGAUCGCCGCUUUCACGCGCUCCCUGAGGGACCCGUUUGUCCACGCCAGGAAUGCCGCCCUGAUGGCAUUGGGGGCCACGGUAGAGUGCUUUUCGGACGAGGACUGCGCCGGAAAGAUCCUCCCGGCUGUGUGCCCCAUGCUCCUAGACAGGGAGAGGUUGAUCCGGGAUUCGGCCAACCGCUCAAUGGAGGUCUACCUCCAGAGGGUCCGCAAGGCGGCCUCUGGUCUGCCCGACACCGCCGCGACGGCAUCCCCGGGGGCUAGUGCCGGAGUCGCAUCCGGGGCCGCGUCCCCCCGCAUGGCGACGCCGCAGGCCAACGAAGGCCCCGGAUGGACAGGCUGGGCCAUAUCAUCCUUCACGAACAAGCUCUCCUCCGCCGCCGGGGACAUGCAGACGUCGGGGGCCAACGGUUCAGCGGUCCCGACGACGCCAAGCAGCGUGCCCACGCCCACCAUGUCUCCCGGUCCCGACUCGAAGAGGCCGGCAACGGCACAGCUGGCCUCGUCAUCGGCAUCGUCGCUCCAUCGCCAGGCCGUCUCGUCGCCCCGCAUACAAUCUCCCAACCCUGCGUCUGUGGCGCGAGAAUUCUUUCCCGACGCGGCAACGCCGCCCGACGCCGACGACGGUGGCGAUUCGUGGGGUGGCAUGGCAGACGACGACGGCUUCUCCGACAACGGCCCUUCGUCCGCAGGCCAGAAGGCAGCGGCACGCGCAGAGGCAUCUGCCACGCCGUUUGAAGAGGGUGAGCCGGACUUCGCAUCGUGGCUGGCCGAACGGUCGCAGAAGAAGUCAGGCCCAAAGGCAAAGGCACUGCCCAAGGGGCUAUCAAAGUCAUCGUCGUCCACAACGGCAGCGGCCAGGAAGCCUGCUGUCAGUAAGCCGGCGUCGAAACCGGUUGUGGCCAAGAAGAUUGAUUUGAAGCCCAAGGAAACGGAUGACGAUGACGCCUGGGGAGACGGGUGGGACUGA